AUGUAUGCAGGUACACUGUCAACAUCUCCCGCUGCCCUUCUCCUACCGAGGGUCUACCAAGCACCUCGGAUUAUUAAGCGAGCCUCUUUGAAGAUACGAGCCGAGAAAUGGUUCGACUAUGGUGUGAAAGCCGGCUACGGACAUUGGUUCGACGAUGAGGUCGAAGUCGGCUACGGACAUUGGGUCGACAACGAGGUGAAAAGCCCGGCUAGGGAUAUUGCUCCGAUACAAUCUCGUCCCCUUGGCUAG